CUGCUGCUAGCCGCCUGUCAGAGUGCGAGUGUCUGCCAGUGCCAGAAGCAAAAGAAUCGCCUGCCGGAGGAGGUGUUUUCUAUAAAACUAUUCGUUCGAUAGCAAGUCUCAUUCAGUUGCGAACGGUUCGUUGCAGAGCAAGGAUAUUAUACAAAAAUUAUUCCCAACCAAAACCGUGUUUUUUUUCUCUCAAAUUAUUAUUAUAAUUCUCUCGACCAAAAAAAAAAAGGAUAUUUCAAUAAAAACACAAAAAUUUAUUGAUAAAAGAAAAAAAUUCUCAUUCCAAUAUCUCUCGCUAGAAAAUCUAUAUUUUGUGGCUUUUUUUUAUAAAACGAAAAAGAAAAGUGGAAAAUUUUGCAAAGAAAAUUCGAUCAGAAUUUUGAAAGAAAAGUGCAAGAAAAAGUGAAGAAAAUAUUGAAAAAUCAAAGAAAAAACCAAGAAGUGACAAGAAAAAUAUUUUUGGGAUUACUCUCUUCGCUGUUGGCCCUCAAAAAAAAAUUUCGUGUUUAUCAUUUUUUUCUUCUCAAGAAGAGUGCAAAAUUUUGUGCGAUUAACAAAAAAAUUCAAACGGAUUCUCUCUCUUAGCAACAAAUUACUACAAAAACUACGAUAAUUUGUCGUAAUUCGGAAAAUGAAACUGUCAAUGAAUUGAUUUGUGCAGUUAUAACAUAAUUUUUUUUAUUGCAAAAAGAAAUCUGUCUGUCUGUCUAUUUUGGCUGUGUGCGUUCUGUGUGUGUUCAGAUCUCAAAGCAAACAUCGAUGUCUAAUUACUCGACAGCGACAUCCGCGACACUCUAAAUUGUAGUAGCUGCUAAAAAAGGAGUGUACUCUUUAUUGGCGUCUGGCAGAAUUUAAACCAAAAAAAAAGGAGAAAAAAGAAAAUUGACAGGAUUUUUGAAAUUUUACAAAUAAUUUAAAUUUUCUUUGCAACGACAAAAAGAAAAUCAAUGUUGGGGCGAAGUGAAGAAGACAGACUUCCUUUUUGUUCAUCAAUCUUAAUUUAAAAUUUCGAUGAUAUCGACGAAUAUUUGUCAAAGAAGAAAAAUUGCAGAGUGAAUAUAUCUUCACCUGCAAAAAAAAAAAACUACAAACAAAACAGAAAACAAACAAAUUUUAAAUGUUACCAAGUAUGGUUCAACAAGAAUCAACCACUAGACCACUAGAACAAGAUCAAGACGAAGAAGACGAUCAACAACAACAAUCACAACAUCAACAUCAAUAUCAUCAAUCAACAGUUAUUGAUAUACCAUCAGAUGAUAGUACAUAUGUGGAAAAUGCAAUUACUUAUAGUACGGAAGAGGAGAAAAAAUAUCAUGCAGAUUAUGAUAGGUGCUGUCCGCCGCCAUUAUUUGUGAUAAUGAUAUCGUUACUUGAGAUUGGUGUCUUUCUCUAUGACUACAUGACAGUUGAUUUCCAACCGGAAUUAAAUAGUCCCAUUUCAUCAGAUUCGGUACUAAUCUAUCGGCCGGAUCGUCGUCAAGAGAUAUGGCGUUUUGUAUCUUACAUGGUGUUGCAUGCGAAUUGGUUUCAUUUGGGCUUUAAUGUUGUGGUGCAAAUGUUGUUCGGACUGCCAUUGGAAACGGUGCAUGGUUCGGCUCGAAUUGCAUGCAUUUACUUGGCUGGAGUGUUUGCUGGUUCGCUGGGGACGAGUGUUGUUGAUUCGGAGGUGUAUCUAGUUGGUGCUAGUGGUGGAGUUUAUGCGUUAUUGGCGGCGCAUUUAGCGAAUUUAUUAUUAAAUUUUGGCGAAAUGAGAUAUGCUGUGUCGAAGUUGGCAUCGGUGCUUAUAUUUGUAUCAUGUGACUUGGGCUAUGCACUCUAUUCCCAAUAUGUAAAUGAGCCAAAUACAGCGCCAGCUGUAUCAUAUAUUGCACAUAUAACUGGAGCAUUAGCUGGUCUAACAAUAGGUUUAUUAGUAUUAAAAAAUUUCGAACAUAAAACCCAUGAGAAUCUUAUGUGGUGGUUAGCGUUAGGUGUUUAUACUGCAUUUACAAUAUUUGCGAUUGUAUUCAAUCUAAUAAAUACAGUGACUGCGCAAAUACUCGAAGAAGAGGGUGAAGUAAUGAAACAACAUUUGCUUCAUGAUUUGGGUGUUUCGUAAAAAAUAAAUAAAUAUUAAACAAAAAUAAUAUUUAAAAAAAAAAAUUAAUAUUAAUUUCUAACUUUAUUUUUUUCUUUUGUAUAAUUAAAUUAUUUUUAUGUUUAAAUCCUGAAGUCCCAUUUUUUUUAAGUUUUUUCUAAUUUAUUUCUCUAUCUCUCAAUCUUUAAAACAAUAUUAACAAAGAUAAAAAAAAAACACUCGCAAAAAAUCUACUAUAGUAAUAUUUUUUUCCUAUAUUAAAUUUAAAAAAAUAUAUAAAAAUAUAUUUAAUUGUUUAUUAUUAUUUUUUUUUAAUUUUAUUUAAAUAUGUUAUAUAUUUAUUAUUAUUUUUUUUCAUUAAUUUUAAGUAAAUAUAUUAUUAUUCUCAAUUAAUAAUAAAAUUAAUUUAUGAAAUUGAUCCCAAAACGUGAAACAAACUGUUGUGAUAUUACCAAAGACUGAUUUGUAUAAAGAAAUAUGAAAAUGUAAGUUAGUAAAAAAAAAAAAACUCAAAUCCAAAAAAUAAAUAUAGAAAAUAUUUGUGUAAAUAAACAUUCAAUGAAAAUGAAAUUAAAGAAAAGGUGUGUAAAAUAAAGAAAUAGUUUAAUUACUUCUCUCUUCGUCUCUUCUUUUUCGAAUGCGCAAAAUCACACAAAAGAAGAUAAAAAUUAAAAAAAAAAAUAAAAACACAUAUAAAACCGCAGUGUGGUGAUUUUUUCUGUGUAGACUUUUAGUUUACUGCAGUUUACAAAGUCACUCUUACUCUCUUUUUAUUUUGAGUAAAAUCCAAAAGUAAAAGAUGAAAUAUUUUUCUUGAAUUUAUUAAAAAAAAAAAUAGACAAGAAAAACAAAAAAAAAAAAAAAACUAUUAAAUCCUUAAUUCUUCGCAAGCAAGCUAAAUAAAAGAAACAAAACAAAAAAAAAUAUUAAAAAUAACUUAAAACUAGUCGACAAUUCAAUAUUAUUAUAAUUAAAGCAAACAAAACAAAAAAAUAUAAAUUAGUGAAAUAAAUAAAAAAAAAAUAUCAUUAUAAAGAAAAAAAUAUCUAAUAAGUUUAAGGUUGUUGAUAAAUUAUAAAAAAAAAAUUAAAAUUAAUACAAAUUAAUUUAUAUUAAAUACAAAAGCCGCCAAAUAUCCUACUACAUAUAUAUUUUUUUCUCUUGUUUUUUAAACAAAAACCAACAACAACAACUGACUCAAAACAACUCAAAACUCAGACUCUUGAAUAAUAAAAAAGGCUUAAUGAAAUUAAAAAAAGAGAAACAAACACACAACACAAAAGAGUAUUAUUAUUAUUAUUAACAUUAUUUAUUUGUUAUUAUUUUUUUUUAUUAUUAUUAUUAUUAAUAUUUUAUAUAUAUUUUGUUUUGUUAAUUAAAAAAGAAAAAAAGAAAAAAAUAAUAAUUGUAUACAUACAUAAACAUUCAAUUUGAAGAUAGAAAGAGAAAAAAAAAAAUACAACGAAUAUCUUCCGUUUCAUAUUAUUUUUGUUUGUUUUUUGUUUUUGUAAAUGUAAAAAAGAAAAGUGAAAUAGGAAAAAUGAAGAAUUAUUAUUAUAAUAAAAAAUAAAUAAAACCAAAGAAAAAAAAUAUAUAAAUUUAUAUAUAAAUGUAAAAAUAAAAACAAAAUUAGACUCAGUAACAAGAAAAUAAAUACAAAGAAUAUACAUAAAUGUCCACUCAGAAUACCAAUAUAAUUUUUGUUCUGAAAAAAAAAAAAAAAAAUAAAAUAAAAGCAAACAAAAA